AUGUCUGCUGCUCCCGUCCAAGACAAAGACACUCUAACCAAUGCCGAGCGUGCGAAGAACGUCAACGGUUUGCUUCAAGUGCUCAUGGACAUUAACACUCUAAAUGGAGGGAGUUCUCACACUGCUGAUAAGAUAAGGAUUCAUGCCAAAAAUUUCGAGGCAGCUUUGUUCGCCAAGAGUUCCUCAAAGAAAGAAUAUAUGGACAGCAUGAACGAAAAAGUUGCUGUCAUGCGCAAUGCAUACAAUUCCAGAAAAAGCACAGUUGCAGCAGCAGCAGCCAGUAACAACAUCAGCCCCGUGGAACAGCAUCAUAUCAACAAUAUGAAAAAUUCUAGCGGCAGCGCCAACAAUAUGAACGUGAAUAUGAAUCUGAACCCCCAGAUGUUCCUGAAUCAGCAGGCUCAGGCAAGACAACAGGUUGCACAACAAUUAAGAAACCAACAACAGGUUGCACAGCAACAACAACAACAACAACAACAGCAACAACAACAGCAACAACAACAGCAACAACAGCAGCAGCAGCAGCAACAACAACAACAGCAGCAGCAGAGGCGCCAAUUGACUCCUCAGCAACAACAGCUAGUGAACCAAAUGAAGGUAGCCCCCAUCCCCAAGCAACUGCUGCAAAGAAUUCCUAAUAUUCCACCAAAUAUCAAUACUUGGCAGCAAGUCACUGCUUUAGCUCAGCAGAAGUUACUAACACCUCAGGAUAUGGAAGCUGCAAAAGAAGUCUACAAGAUUCAUCAGCAAUUAUUGUUUAAAGCAAGAUUGCAGCAACAACAAGCCCAAGUCCAAGCCCAAGCCCAAGCCCAGGUUCAAGUUAAUAACAACAAUAACGGCGGCCUCCCUCAAAAUGGUAAUAUCAAUAAUAGUAUGAAUAUUCCUCAACAACAGCAAAUGCAACCUUCUAACGCAAAUACGAAUGCGAAUCCUUUGCAACAGCAACCAUCACAAAAUACCGUACCAAACGUUCUUCAUCAAAUCAAUCAAAUUUUCUCUCCCGAAGAACAACGCAGCUUACUGCAAGAAGCCAUUGAAACCUGCAAGAAUUUCGAAAAGGCUCAAUUGGGCAAUACAAUGACGGAACCGGUUAAGCAAAGCUUUAUCAGAAAGUACAUUAACCAAAAGGCGUUGAGAAAAAUCCAGGCUUUGAGGGAUGUUAAGAACAACAACAAUGUUAACAACAACAGCGCGAACCUGCAAAGAGCUCAAAAUGUUCCUAUGAACAUCAUUCAACAACAACAACAAAGCCCCAACAACAAUGAGAUUAUCCCACCUUCUGCUACUCCCAACACUACCUCUUUCCCUCAGCCACAGAAUGCAAGUUCCAAAUUAUAUCAAAUGCAACAACAGCAGGCUCAAGCACAAGCACAGGCUCAAGCACAAGCACAGGCUCAAGCACAAGCACAAGCACAAGCACAGGCACAAGCACAAGCACAGGCACAGGCUCAGGCACAAGCACAAGCACAGGCACAAGCUCAAGCACAAGCUCAAGCACAAGCACAGGCACAAGCACAGGCACAAGCACAAGCACAAGCACAAGCACAAGUACAAGCUCAACAUCAACCCUCACAACAGCCCCAACAGGCUCAAUCGCAACCUAAUCCACUUCACGGGUUGACACCUACUGCAAAGGAUGUCGAAGUCAUUAAGCAAUUGUCUUUGGAUGCUUCCAAGACCAAUCUAAGGCUCACAGAUGUAACAAAUUCUUUAUCCAAUGAAGAAAAAGAAAAAAUAAGAAUGAAGUUAAAGAAAGGUCAGAAGCUUUUUGUUCAAGUAAGUAAUUUCGCACCUCAAGUUUACAUCAUCACGAAAAAUGAGAAUUUCUUAAAAGAAGUUUUCCAAUUGAGAAUAUUUGUCAAAGAGAUAUUGGAAAAGUGUGCCGAGGGCGUAUUUGUUGUUAAAUUAGACACCGUUGACAGGUUAAUCAUUAAAUAUCAAAAAUACUGGGAAAGUAUGAGAAUUCAAAUUUUAAGAAGACAAGCCAUUUUAAGACAACAACAGCAGAUGGCUAGCAACAACAGCAACCCAGGUACUGCUUCUGCUGUUAAUAAUAACAAUAUUGCAACUCAGCAAAAUAUGCAACAGUCACUACAGCAAAUGCAGCAUUUACAGCAAUUGAAAAUGCAACAACAACAACAACAACAACAGCAACAACAACAACAGCAACAACAACAACAACAACAACAACAACAACAACAACAACAACAACAACAACAACAACAACAGCAGCUACAACAACAGCAGCUACAACAACAACAACAACAACAACAGCAACAGCAACAACAGCAACAACAACACCUAUAUCCUUCCUCAACGAGUGGUGGAGCUAAUUAUCCGGCAAUGGCUAAUGCUUCCAAUAACAAUAUCCCUUAUAUGAAUCACAAGAACACCUCUAGCAUGGAGUUUUUGAACUCUAUGGAAAAUACACCAAAAGUUUCUGUAUCUGCUGCGGCCACUCCAUCACUUAACAAGGCGAUCACUAGUAAGGUAAACAACAGAACUAAAUCUAAUUCAAUACCUGUUACCAGCAUUCCAUCAACAAAUAAGAAACUUUCAAUAUCAAAUGCCGCUAGUCAACAACCAACUCCUCGAUCUGCAUCGAAUACCGCUAAGUCAACCCCAAAUACUAAUCCUUCUCCAUUGAAGACUCAAGCAAAAAAUGGAACGCCAAACUCCAAUAAUAUGAAGACAGUGCAAUCUCCUAUGGGUACACAACCAUCCUAUGGUAAUACCAUUAUUGAAAAUGCGUUUAGAAAGGAAGAGCUUUUGCUAAAAGAUUUGGAAAUGAGGAAGUCAGAAAUAUCCUCUCGUUUUAAACAUCGUCAAGAAAUUUUCAAAGAUUCUCCUACAGAUUUGUUUAUGAAUACAUUAGGUGAUUGUUUAGGUAUUAAGGAUGAAGAGAUGCUUACUUCGUGCACUAUUCCUAAGACUGUGGUUGAUCACACCAAUGGUUCUGGUAAAAGGAAGCCUACCAAAGCAGCCCAGAGGGCCCGUGAUCAAGACUCUGUUGACAUUUCCAUAAAGGACAACAAGUUAAUCAUGAAAAGUAAAUUUAAUAAGACUAAUAGGUUAUAUUCGAUAGCAUUGUCCAAUGUUGCUGUCAUUUUCAAAAACAUUGGUGGUAACUUUAAAGAUUUAUCUACUCUGGUCCAUUCAUCGUCACCGCCUGCCUCAUCUUCCAAGUUGAAUAUCGGCAAUUCCAAUAAGAGGAAAGCCAGCGUGUUAGAAAUAAGCCCACAGGAUUCAAUAGCUUCGGUGCUAUCCCCAGAUUCAAAUAUAAUGUGUGAUUCCAAAAGAAUCAAAAUAGACUCCCCUGAUGACCCAUUCAUGACAAAAUCCGGAGUCGCAACUAAUGAAAAACAAGAAGUUACAAAGAACGAAACGACGUUUUUGACUUCCACUACUGAUUCGGUGCAAUUCAAUGUAUGGGAUUGGAAUAAUUGGACAAGUGCUACUUGA